AUGUCCAACUUCCAGAUAAUCACCCCAACGAAAGAUCUAGUAUUUACCGACUGUUUCAAUGGUCUCCAAUGCGCCCGCUUAGAGCUCCCGCUUGACUACUGGAACGGCACACACCCCAGCAAGACCAUCAGCCUCGCCGUGGCCCGAUUGCCGGCGAAAGUUGGAUUCGAUGAUCCACGCUAUGGCGGCGCCAUCAUCGUCAACCCCGGAGGCCCCGGCGGACCAGGAGCACAGUUCAUCGAAGGCGCAGGCCAUCUCCUACAAAACGUCGUAGAUACCGCCCGAGAUCCAUCUACUGCAGAUCCCACGGCCAAAUACUAUGAUAUCUUAAGCUUCGACCCUAGGGGAGUGGGUGCAUCUACUCCCGGCGGGCAUUGCUUUAGGACCGAGGCCGCGAGAGAGUCCUUCGGCUUGCGCAAUAUGGAAGAGGGCGUUCUUGGGAGCUCGGAUGCGGCUCUUGGAAGGAAGCACUCGAUGAACAAUGCGCUUGGCAUGAGUUGUGCCGCGUCAGUUGAGGGUGAUCACGACAUCAAGUAUUUCAUGAGCACGGCUUCGGUUGCGAGAGAUAUGCUUGAGCUUAUAGAGAGGUAUGGCGAGUGGCGGAAUUCUAAAUCGAGACACGUCAGUGGAAGGAAGAAGCUGGGCUGGUCCCACUUUUCGUCCUGCUCGGAAACGUGGACUCGGACUCCCAAACCAAAGUACGAUGCCAGUAAGGAGACGAUGCAAUACUGGGGUUUCUCAUACGGUACCUUCCUAGGCUACACAUUCGCUUCCCUAUAUCCGGACCGAAUCGGCAGAAUGAUUCUGGACGGUGUAGUCAGCGGAUCCGACUACGCCAAAACCCGCUGGCACGACAACAUGAACGAUACCGAAAAGACGAUGCAGUACUUCUACGACUGGUGCGUCGCCUCCGGCCCCACCGACUGUCCGCUCGCCAACAGCACAUCAACACCACACGACAUCCAAAUCAAAGUGACCUCCAUCGUCAAUCAUCUCUACCACAACCCCCUCCCCAUUGCCGAUCCCGAGCCAGACGUAAUAACCUUCAGCGACCUCCGCUCCAUCAUCUUCGGUGCGCUCUACUUCCCACAGACGUCCUUCCCCUUCCUCGCCACAACCCUCGACGCCAUCGGCCGCGGCGACGGUUCCGUCCUGGCCCCGUUCCUCACUAUUGCGCAUACCUUCCGCUGCGCACAGCCGCCCUCCGCCAACCAGACCCAGUCCGCGCCGCGGGACGGCGAGGCCAGCCUCGCGAUUGCGUGUGGCGACGGCGAUGACCAGGCGGCCUUCAACAACGUCGAAUUCCUGGAGCAGUACUGGCGGGACCUAGACGCCAAGAGCCCGAGUGUGGGCGCGGUGUGGGCGAAUAUCAGGACGACGUGCGCGGGGUGGAAGAUCAGGCCGAAGCACAGGUUCACGGGGCCGUUCGAGGGCAACACGUCUCACCCGCUUCUGUGGAUCGGGAACACGGCGGAUCCGGUCACGCCUGUGGGGGCUGCGCAUCAAAUGGCUAAGGGGUUUCCGGGCUCGGCUGUGCUGACGCAGGAGAGUGCGGGUCACUGCUCCAUCUCCGGCAUCACUCCCUGCACUAUCGAUGCUGUACGCACGUACUUCCACCACGGCACCCUGCCAGAGCCGGGCACGAUCUGUCGCGCGCCUGACGCCGAUGCUGCUGCGGCGUUCUCGGCUGAGCAGUUGAGCGUCCAUGCCGCCUACCGAGAGUUUGGCAGGGUCUACGCGAGAGAGGACUGGGCGCUUGGAAAGGGCUUCAUGAAUCUGAGGCAAAAGGAACUGGCGAAGGCGCUCUGGAACAGGUAG